AUGGUAAAAUGGUCUACGAGCAUUUUCCUUUCUCUCCUUUUUCUAUGUGCAGUCUCCAUAACGGCAAAAUCGAUUGAAACCCCACGAGAUCAAAGAGAGAUCACGGAAGAAAACUCACAAAAUCGAGUUGUUUCAUACGAGAAAACGACAAUCUCAAAUCGAGUGGAUCCACCCCAGCCACCAACAUCAUCUGAUCCCAUUAACUACACUCAGCCAGAUGAAGGUGCCCACUACGUUUGCAAUGAAAAGUCAGCGCCAGGACGAGAAAAUAUUUACUGUAAGGGAAAACUACUCGAGGCUGUUAUGGCAAAAAGUCUUUAUUCGGAUAGUAAGACUUUUGUGGAUCGGCCAAUCAAACAGAACAAAACUGGGCCUAGUGUAUACACUGAUUUUCUCGCCCGAUUCCCAGAGGAUAUUCACGAGAUCGACCCGAUUCAGCUCAGAACAUUUGUGGACGAAAAUUUCGACAAAGAGGGACAGGAGUUGAAUGAGUGUUUCCUUGAUGAUUGGUCUCCGGAACCCCAAGGACUUAUUGGCAUUGCCGAUACAACUCUGCGCAAAUUUGCUUUCGAAUUGAACAAAAUCUGGAAAGAACUUUGCCGAGUGGUUGAUGAAAAGGUAAAAGAUGAACCGGAACGAUACUCGCUUCUUUAUGUCCCCAAUAGAUUCAUUGCUCCUGGAGGUCGAUUCCGUGAAUUCUACUAUUGGGAUGCCUAUUGGAUCAUUCGUGGCCUACUUGCAUCAAACAUGUAUGAAACCUCCAAAGCGAUGAUUCUCAACUUCAAACAUAUCGUUGAUGAGAUUGGUUUUGUACCCAAUGGCGGAAGAGUCUACUACUUGCAACGAUCUCAACCACCACUAUUUGCAGCUAUGGUCUAUGAACACUAUGCAGCGACAUUGGAUCUUGCGCUUGUAAAAGAAGUUCUUCCAAGCAUCGAAAAAGAAUUGGCUUUCUGGAAAAACAAUCGGUCAGCUGAAGUGAAUAUUGAGGGAAAAUCGUAUGAUAUGUUGCAAUAUCGGACGCCUAGCAAUGUGCCAAGACCUGAAUCAUUUCGAGAAGAUGUUGCUAUUGCUUCCCAAUUUCACGAACUAUCGCGAAAGAGACAAUUUUGGCAAGACAUUGCGAGUGCCGCUGAAUCGGGAUGGGAUUUCAGCAGUCGGUGGUUUGCUGAUUCGCAAAAUUUGUCCUCAAUCGAGACUACAAACAUUAUCCCCGUUGAUCUCAAUGCAUUCUAUUGUUACAACCUUAACAUUUUGGGAUACCUGCAUGGAGAGCUAGGAAAUAUCACCAGCGAACUUCAUUGGAUGCAAGAAUACAUCGAGUUUCGUGACAAAUUCCGCCGAGUUUUCUAUGUUCCCGGAAGCAAAGGAUGGUAUGACUAUAACUUGAGGACCAGGGAACACAAUCUCCAUUUCUAUCCUUCUAUGGCGGUACCUUUGUUCACAGGCUGUUAUGAUCGACUGGCCACACGUGAUGCAAAUCAACUAUACGAUCAAAUGUCUGAUAUGGGAGCAUUCAAUUUCGUGGGUGGAAUUCCUACAAGUCUGGAAAGAACAAGCAAUCAACAAUGGGAUUUUCCAAAUGGAUGGAGCCCGUUGAAUCAUAUGGUCAUUGAAGGACUUCGAAAGUCGGGAAACCCGAGAAUGCAAAGGAAAGCCUUUGAUCUGGCCGAGAAAUGGGUUCUAUCAAACUAUCGGGUUUUCGUAGCUGAUCGAGCGAUGUGGGAAAAAUAUAAUGUGGCUUCAGGAGCGCCAAGGGGUGGAGGAGGAGGUGAAUAUGAAGUUCAGGCUGGGUUUGGGUGGACAAACGGAGUGAUUUUGGAUCUGCUCAGCACAUAUGGCGAUCGAAUGCACUUUGAUGAACUAUUGUUCAACAAUCCGAGGAGCAAGGAUAAAUCACCGACAACUUUCACAGUGUUCAGCGAUGACGCAUAUACUAGCUCCAAACCAUCAUAUCAAUUUCUCCUUUCUAUUCUUUCCCUCAUUUGUUACAAGUUGUUU